AUGGAUCACGUCGAGCCCGAUGCAGCCCUAGCAGCUGCUUUCCUCAAUCUUUCCGAUGCCGGCGACGAGUCUGCUGUUUCCUUAGUGCCCACAAACUCUCAUUUGCAAAACAAGCCUGUCCGUCCCAAGCCGACCGGCGCUCUUAGUUCCAGUACAGAUCAGGAACAGAAUCCCUCAAGACUCCUGGGUCCGACAAACUCUACACAGCCGGCGGAGACUCAUUCAUCAAAGAAAAUGGCAGACAGCAAGAAGCGAAAGAAGCCACCUACGAAACGAGGGGGCAAUCCCAAGCAGCUCAAGAAGACCAACACCGACAAGAAAGGCCGGUCCGAACCAAUUGAAAUCAACUCAGAUGACGAGUCACUGAGCGACGAAUCAAGCGACGCACUCAACGACUUAUUAGACGAACUAAGCGACGAACCUGAGAACUCGGAUGAUGAGGAACAAAAGACCGACGACGAAAAGCAUCUACCUAGACCGCCCAAAAAAACAACCGAUGGGGAACUCAAAGUCACGGGUUCCAAGAAGAUCACCCAUCCCACAGAUGAGGAGGAAUCAGUGCCGCUUGAUCUGCCGGUUCCAAAGUCGACCAAGGCACAGACCAAAAAGCGCAAGAAGCUCUCUGAAGCCGUUCCAGAGCCAUUUCCAGCAAACGCCGUAAACGUCCAGCAGAUACCGACUGGAUUUAUGCAGCCUUACCCAUCCCGACCGACUCUGCCAACAGCACCGAUUACAAAGGUAAUCACAGCGGAAGAAUGGGACCGACGAAAUGCGCAUUGGCUAGAUCAGUUGAUGGACCCAGAAAGCACGAAGGAAAUGUUUGGGCCGACGAUCGAGGAAGAGGUCAUAGAAGAGAUCUUCCCACUUAUCUCUAAGGCUCGCCGCAAUGUCCUCAACCGAUGGGCAAAGUCGGAGGACUUCAACCUGGACUCGAGAUUACUCGAGGCCCCCAUCCUCCCACAGGUAGAGGUGGAAGACGACACUAGCCAAGAAAUCCUCAACGUGGAGACCGAUACAGCCCGACGGUCAAUCCGGGCCAUUGAGACCGCGGCUUUGAGCCUACCAAAGGCUCACCAGAAAACAGCUGCCCUAAUCAAGCAGCAUACAGACCGACUGUUUGCUUGUCGAGACCACGAGAUCGACAACUAUACGCUCAUGGCCCAAAGCGUAGCCAAGCUACGUGAGUCUUCGUCUGUCAAUGCAGCAACUCUGAACGCCGCAUUUGAGACUAACGAGACCCGACUUCGGUCUCGAGUCGAUCCUGCGCAGACAGCAAGAGAGGAAGGAUUAGAGGCGCUUGAAGCGGAUAUGCAAAACGCUUUAAAGACCCCGACCGUGGACGGAUCAGCGGACCAGCUGGUCCUGUUUCUCAAGAGUCAUUGGCGAAUGCGCGAUGACGAGAUCUCAGAUUGGAAGGAUAUGGCAAACUCGGUCUGCCAUACGGCGAAGGAGGCAGGACAUCCCAUCAAUCAGACCGACCAAGAGGCCUGUAACAACCACGACUGGGAUUCACUUCUACGCCUGGCGAUUACCCGGGGCGGAAAGGCCCUGGUCGCACUCUUGAACAUGGAGCGUUGCGCUCCAGAUGAGGCCUUUUUGGGCCGACGAAAUGAAUGGUAUAAAGACGUUCUGACCGACGAAGAGUAUGACAGAUGGAGCGAUACGUUUCCCAUUGAUGAGGAACCCCAGUCUGGCGGAGAGCAGCCUUAG